AUGUGGAUUCCUACGUUGUUACAUUUCAUUAAUUAAAAAAUAUAAAUUUCAUAUAAAAGUAAAUCAAUAAUAAUUUUAUUUGUAUACUAAUCAGUUAAUGUUGAUUUUAUUUAAUUGUUACAUUUUGAAAAUAGUUUCGAUGGACACCGUACAAUGAAAUUUUACAUACACUGCCUCAUUGUUGUGUGGUCGAUGAGCCUCUAUGGAUGGCAUGUGUCCCUAUGUUUUGCCUAGAGAUUGUUGAAGUGCACUCGCCUGAUAGAGUAAUGCGUCAGUUUGGUCAUUCCCAGCAUGUACCUGUGAUUCCUAGUUGGGGAACCAACCACCACGUGCAUGAUCAUCGUAGGAGGCUUGGACCAGAGGUUCUUGAAAUGAUGGAUAAAUAUUUUCGUGAUUGGGGUAAUCGACAUCAGAGUUUAGCUGUUGAGGUAAAUGAUGGUACUAGCGGGGCAGGGUAUAGAUUAUGGUACAUGCGGCAUGGAAGAUUGCUUAUAGUCUUGCAUUACAGUGGCAGAGAGACACAACCUCAGCUUCACAUGGUGAAGAGGUAUCUCAGAUUGUUAAAGAUACAUUGCUUGAGGCCGGAAUACAAUUUAGAGAGCCAUUUUUUGAGGGAGAUCCUUUAUUUGAACAUGUGGGCGCAAGAGGACCCAGACGUGGACGGAUGGGGCAUAGAGGUAGAGCUCGAGGACGCACUCGAGGACGUAGCGCUGGUGGUAUACCUAUUCCUCCAGACAUAGAGGCACAUGUGAGAG